AUGAGCCUCGAUCACAACCCAGCGGUUUCUCCCGAUCUUCUGCUUUACGAAGACGCUGUGCGCAACGGGCUACGGACACGCGCGGAGCUUGUAUUGGCAAACUUGAAGGAGGAGGGAGUACUUGACGACGAGCUGAGUGCGGAGGGUGGCAGCACAACGCUCGGCUGUGCAAUUAUCCUCUACCGCGCGGCCAUCGAAUCCACUACAAAUCCUCCUGCCAUUUCCCUUCCUUCCACCACAGGAAGACAGUCCAUAACUCUUUCGCAAGAGAGUUGCCCCCGCGCCCUUCGUACCUUCAUUUCAGUGUGGUCUCAGAUCACCCCUGCUAUCAUCGCAUUAUCGUCUGAACACUUGGAAGACGUGCGCCGUCUCUUGUUCGGCAUGCAUCCGCUUUCGACCACUUGCGACCCCCAUCUUGAGGCAAUCGUUCGCAUGUUAGAACUGGUUGCGUUCGUGCUUGGCACGUGGUGCAUGCGUCGCGAUCCACUCGCAGGCAGCCAUGCAUCGGCUCCUGUCGGCUCUCCAGCACCGGAGGUAGACGCCUCGGGAUGCAAGGACGAACCUUCCUCCAUGCCUCGCACGAAACGCCAGCUGAGCAAGAGCGAGAACGCGAGCCCUUCGACCGAUCGUCCGUAG